AUGUCCAUCAAAGUAGGAUACAUUCCAGAGCAUUUUGCCACGCCCUUGGUGUUUGGCGACAAGAAGGGGUUCUUCAAAGACCAAGGCGUGGAGGUGGAAUUGGUACCCUUUCCUAGUGGCUCGGGCCAUUUAAUCCAAAGUUUGAACGCUAAAGAGAUCGACGUGGCCAUUGGGCUCACGGAAGCUUUUGUGCGCGGCAUUGCAGACACCGAGAAGGGCACCGAGCCCAAAUACCAGGUUGCCGGCACGUUUGUGAAGUCGGCUCUGGAGUGGUGUGUUUCCACGGGUGCGCAACGGGACGAUUUGGGAGACCUAAAGGCUUUGGAGGGCAAGAAGAUUGGCGUUUCGAGGAUCGGCAGCGGAUCCCACGUUAUGAGCUACGUCAUGGCCCUGCAACUGGAUUUCGAGAAGCCCUUCGCAGACUUCCCUGUGUGCGACAACUUUGAGAACCUCAGAAAGAGCGUGAACUCGGGCGAGUCUGACGCGUUCAUGUGGGAGUACUACACGUCCAAGAAGUACCUGGACUCGGGCGAAAUCAAAAUGCUGGGCCACGUUUCGUCGCCCUGGCCGUCGUGGGUCGUGGUCAAACGCACCGACCUCGACGCCAAGCACUUCCAGGGUUUCAUUGCAGGCCUAAACGCGGGCAUCGACCACUUCAACCAACACAAGGAUGAGGCCAUUGACGUGAUCGUCGACCACUUCGGCUACUCUCAGGAAGACGCUGCCAACUGGUACAAGACCGUAAAGUACCACACUGAUUGCAGCGACAUCAAUGAUCUCCACGGUGUCAUCACUGGCACCUUGCACAUUCUGACCACCGCCAACGUGCUGAAGAACAAGGACGAAAAGGUGAUUGAGGACAACCUGCUAGCGGGUACUAUGGCCAACUGA